CUAAAUUGGAUUUUGCCGUCAUUGCAUUGACGUUCACUCUACGAAGCGUCUGCCCUCGAAAUAUAACAUGACGAAGUUUCGAAAGAGUUGAAGACAGUUUUACCUAAAUGAGAACAACCAAAAGCCGUGUUUAUGUAAAUGUACUUCCUGUCAAAUAGCUAAAUGAGCAUGCGCAAUUAACCAUGCGAUUACUAAAGUCGAAAUCAAGUGUAGAUAAAGUACAUCGCUGAACAUUCACUCGUGGAAAUUAUCUGUCGUUUCGAUUAUUUUUUUUUCAAAUUCGACAGAGACAUGUCGAACACGACUGUGGACGACUGGCUACGGUCUUUGGGGUUGUUGAAAUACAUCAACCCGUUUUUAGACAAUGGUUAUGACGAUCUAGAUAUUUGCAAACAAAUUGGCGAUGAAGAUUUAGAUGCUAUUGGCGUGAUAAACGCGAAAGAUCGUAAAGAUAUUCUGGCUUCAGUGCAGAGUCUAAAAGAGCAAGGCGCUAAUGCCGUGUAUUUCCAACUAGAGGCUGAAACACCGAUAAAUACGCCAAAAUUUCCCGUCGCAAGCGACCGCGAGAAAUAUCGGCGAGAUGAACUCAUCAGUAAAAUGAAAUCUUUGCUCACGGAUGACAACUGUUUUUUACCCGAAAAAAAUCCCAAUGUGGAACAAGAUCCGCUCAACGAUCUGGCUCAAUAUUAUGCAGACCAGCUGUAUACAUAUUUCCAAGAUGUUAAAGAUGUCUUGUUGUUUCUCAGACAGGAAGGAAUGUUCACACAGAAUGAUCAAAUGCGUCAUCGAUCACCAAAAUUGGCAGAGAAGAUGAACAGUAAAGUAUUGCAAGACUCAAGAGGAUUGUCAAAAAGUUUAAAUUCUUUGCCAACAGUUGAAAAAAAUGGCCAGAGAAGCAAAAGUCAAAAAUCACCAAAACAUGGACUUGGACGAUUAUUUGCCAGUAAGAAGAGCAAGAACUCUCCUGUCCAAUCGUUAAAAAUAAGUGGACCUGCAGAAGUAGGAAUUUUACCAACAAGAGUUCAUAUGAGUGAAGAAGACAGGAAGAGUCUGAUGUUACAAGUAAAACAUGGUGAUAUAACUCAAGAGGAGGCUUUAAAUAAUUUUUUAAAAUAUGAAGCGCAUCAAGCAGAGAGCGAAGAGAAAGAUGAGAAGGGGGCUGAGAGAAAAGAUUCAAAGAAGAAGAAAGGUGGUGGUAUUUUCAGUCGAAGCAGCUUUAAGCGUCGAUCCAGCGGACAUAAUUCAGAGAUAAUGGCUUCCGAUAUACAAUUGUGUGAAAAGGACAGGAUGGAAUUGAUGAGGAAAAUAAAAAACAAGGAAAUAACAUCGGAGGAAGCAUGGGAUCAAUUGAGAAGAUUUGGCAACAAACGGGACAAUAAAGUCAAAUCAAAAGGUUCAACGAAAGGAUCAAAAUCACCAAAGACAAAAGAUUCAAGAAUAUCAGCGUCAACUGUUCAACUUUGCAACACAUCAACUUUCUACACAGAUUCUAAUGUGGACAUUUCUCAAAGCACAAGCAAUAUCCCAUCUUCGACUGCCUCGGACUCAUCACCAGAUUCAACCCCAGGACUAUCUCGCAAACACAGAGUGGACACUGACAGUAGUGAAACUCUUUGUUCCAGUGGUAGUGUCGAAUUUGAUACAAACGUUCAAGUUUCUCAUCAUGGUCUUUCACCGGCGUCUUCAAAAUUUCCAGAGAACGAUGUUCGACGAGCGGCUUCCGAGAAAAAAAGAACAAAUAAGAUGAAUGAGGAGCAAAAUCGUCGCAGUACCAUAUCCAACUCGGAUUUAAACAACGCAUCUUCGGGUAGUCUUUCUCACUCACAAGAAAACGUCAAUAAUCAGCCUCCCAUUCCGCCAUCGAAAAAGCCACCACGAGCUAACAUCGGUAAAAACAUCCCAUCGAGUUUGCGGACCCCGGACAUUUCGGCUAGUGCCGGGAAAUCACCGCAAAUCGAUAGGAAAUCGAAACCGGAUAUUAUUACCAAACAACAUGAAGGAGGAAAACCUGUUUUACCACCCAAGCCGGCUCUCCCAAGUAAACCAUCGAAACUUCCUCCUAAGCCGAUGACAUCUAAAAGUUUACCUAGAAACGCCCCCCUCUUGUCUGUUGCCAACGGCAAUUUAAUUGAAGAUGCCACACAAGAUACGAGGACUAAAGGCGAGGUGACGUCACAGGUUUUGACGUCACGGCAGGCAAGGAAGGUGCCACCAAAACCAUCGCCUGCGACUAGGGUUUCCCGCCACAAACCAAGUGGAACUAAACUUUUGGAAAUGAUCGAGAAGAAACUUGAAGAAGAAGGAGUUGAUUUAUUACAAGAUCCUUAUACAAAUCAGAAUGGUAAAUGGGGUGUUCCCAUGACGCUGGUUGAUCGAUAUUCCCGCGAGUUGAAGACGACGAUGAGAGAAGUUGCCAAGGAAAUGGAUCAUAUAAGGGUGGAAAAAUUAGAUCAUGUUAAGAAAAAGGCGGUUCCAUGUGAUAUUUCCAGUCUUCGCUUCGCUCCAGAUGUUGUGGGAAAACUUAGUUCAGUGGUGGACUGGUUGACGUCACUUGGACUGCCAAUGUACAUAGAAAAUUUUCUGGAAGAAGGAUACGAUGAUAUGAGUAUUGUACCCUAUCUUUCACACGACCAUCUUCGUCAUGCAAAUAUCACAAAUACUGAUCAUAUCGCUAGACUUAUUCGAUCCCUUGAAAACAUGGCCCCAGACCCUCACUCUUACAAUGGAGAUUGACGAGGCCCCAGACCUCUCCUCUUACAAUGGAGAUUAAAGAGGCCGCAGACUUCUCCUCUUACGACGGAAGUUGAUGAGGCCCAUACCCUUGUCGUGUCGUGUACAUUAACUAGGUCAAAUGACUCAAAUCUCGCUCACGACUUGUCGAUAAUUAUUAGAAAUGAUAAUGUAUUUAUAUAUUAUGAUUCGGCUUUACGAAAGCUCGACAUUGCUGCCCAAGGGAUGUUCAAAAUUAUAAUAGAUGUCGAUUUAACGGCUGAUGUAGGAAACGAACCUCGUGUCCAGGAGAAAGGACAAUGGGUACGAGGUUGACACCAUUGAACUGUCUUUUGAAUCUGGAGUGCUCUCUUUGUUGUUGCAAUCCUUGAAGCCGAAAUUUAAGUUUUCUUGAGUUUUUAGAUAUAAUUUCCAUGAAAUAAUCUUAAAGAAUGAACAAAGAUUUAUAUAAAAUGCAGUUGCAAAAACUGCCAUGAUACGUUUUACCUCACGAGCUCGGUUAAAUAACGAAAAUAUUCUGAUAUGAAUGCGUCUUAGUGUGCAUCAGAUGAUUUAUAGCACUACUGUUGGAGUUAGUGUUCCAGUUUAUAUUAUAGUUCAAUGGUUGUCAGCCACCAAGCAUCUCCAAUAACAUGCUUUUCAAUAGUUUAGUGCGCUAAAACGUCAUCGUACGUUUUAAACUAUUUUUGUGUAGAAAAACUAACUUCUUUCAAACCUGUUUGUUUUGGUUUGCAUGCCAAUAUUAUAAAUCUAUUCAUGAUUGUGGAAUUUGUGAAUCGUAUUUGGCGACAUUUUGUCGAAUGAAUUUAGUUAUACACAAGUCUUGAAUUCUUUUGAACUUAUAUACUUGUCACUUUUCUAUAAUAAUUUCGAUAUGAUAAAUCCUACAAUGAUGCAAUAACAUUUUUACAUAUAUUAUUUAUUGAGAAAUAAAUUAGAAUUUAUCUGUGUUGAAUAUUUUACAUAUGACAAUAAAUAAAUAUUGGUAUUUUAGUUUACGUAUGCAAA